GAAGCUCGAUGAUUAAUUUAUUUUGUGGAGCGUCAAAAUUGGGUGUCAAGAGUAUGUUACGUGGUUAUAUUGUUGUAAUUGCUUAUAUAUGUUUCACUUAUUGGGAUAGCCGCGUGAUCCUAUCAGUACACUGUGGUUGUGUACUGAUUCUAUUUUUGCUCUUAUUAUUGUUGAGUACAGGGCAUCUACUUGUGGCUAUUGACAUACCUCGUUUAGAAGACCAGUGACCGUUUCAAAUUCAAGGGUGAGUUAGUUCUUUCGGGCUGUCUUGAGUUCUUUUUUGCUUAAGUCCAGUCUUUUUUGACUUCGAUUAUUGUUAAGGUGUUGGUUACUUUUCGGGGUUAUACCCCUUGUUCUUAGAUUUGUCGUUGUUAGAGUUUUGGUACAUUGACUUUCAAGUUCUAUAUAUAUAGGGGUUGUAUUUGCGCAUUGUUUAGUUGUUUAAACUAUGAGAACUUAAUUACUUAGUUCAUUUAACUUGCUUCCGUAGUUUAAAUUGUUUAGUUGGGCUUUAGUUAUGGUUCUCCCACCAGAGAGUUAGCGUGAGUGCCAAUCAUGACGGUCUGGAUCGUGACACAUACUUUUUCCAUUGAGCUAGUUCAAUGGAAAAUGGGCGAGAAUAUCACGUAUCAUAAAACAAAUUUCUCAUUGAUCUAGAGAAACUUUUUUAUAUUGUUAUUAUACAUUAAUUAAGGAUUAAACGUCAACAUGAGAUGGGACAAAUUAAACUUCCCCGAAAUAUCUUCUAAUUUAUUUAAUUCUUCCUAUUUGUGAAGGGUUGAUCACGCAAACAAUGGAUAUUAGAAUAUAAGAUUGUUCUUAGCACUACACAAAUUAAAGAAUUAUGCUUGGAACCCAUUAACCAAAGAAUUAGGUUCAUCUUAUGAGCAUAAGAUCAUUAAUUAGUGAUUGUUAAGAAGAUUCUAAUUUCAGUAGGGUAAAUUAGGGCAUCUUGUGGCCAUUUAAAUAUUCUCCCUUUCUUUUUCUUUAAUCUUAUGAACGUACGAUAAGUUAGUAUAAUCUAAAUCCUACCUAUUAAUUAUCAUCAAUUUUAUUAAAUAAGAAAGAAAAUACUUUUUGCCACCUUAUGUAUUUUUUAUUACAUAGAAACCAUAUAAAAACCCACUCACACUUAUCUUCAAACUCACACACAAUACUCACUCACUAGUUUCAUAUUCAUAUUUUUUGAAACAUGUCUGGUGUUUGGAAAAUCAAGAAUGGAGUAGUGAGGCUAGUUGAGAACCUCGGUGACUUCCAAGGUGCGACGGGUCGUCGUAAAGUGCUUGUGCACCUUUCUAGUAAUGAAGUAAUAACAUCAUAUGCAUCUCUUGAGAGGAUUUUGUACUCACUUGGAUGGGAGAGGUACUAUGAUGACCCUAACCUUCUUCAAUACCAUAAAAGAUCAACUGUUCAUCUUAUUUCUCUACCAAAGGACUUCAACAACCUCAAGUCCAUGCACAUGUAUGAUAUUGUUGUUAAGAAUCGUAAUGAGUUUACUGUUAGGGAUAUGUAGUAUUACUAAUAAUCAUUAGUUGAUUUGAGAUUUUUCUCAAAUUAAUUAAUGUUGUUUGAUUUAAAUUAGGUUGUUUCUUCUUUUAACUUAAGGUUUGGUUUGUGUAAUUUAGGUCAAAGGGGAGUGUUUUAGUUUCUUUUGGGUGAGGAAGCUAAUUAUUACUUGUUGUAAUGGUGUGUAAGAGUGAAGUUUAUGGCAAUAAAACUUGGUUUGGCUUCGAAA